AUGGGAUACGGCGGCAAGACCUUUCGAGUUGAUCGAUCUGGCAGCAGCUUUGAUCUGCGUAGCUCAAAAUAUUCGAAAUGCCAAGGUAUCUUACGCGAUAUCCUCAGAGCUGAGCAGGAUUUACGAGAGUUGGUUCAACUUGAGGAAACUUUACAGCACAGAGUUAUAGCCUUUAAAAAGGCCUCAUAUAUCGAACCGGACGCGACACAGAUAGAAAAGAUCGAAAAGCAGCUAGAGGAAACUCAAGCAAAAUACGCAAGAAAAGCGCACGAUCUAUACGAAUGCGAAAUCUCAAUUCCAAUGGAGCUCAAAGAUGCCUAUGAUAGCCUGAGGCAUAAUCCUAAAUGGUUCAUGCGCGAAGGAAUGGUCAAGGAUUGUUCUCAACGAGGCGGAUGUUGCAGCCGGGCCAGGGUCACUGCACCUUUGAGUGCUGGUGCUGCUUCAGCCAUCGAAAGGUCGAACUCACAGAUGAAGACAAAGGAUAUAUGA